UCAACAUCUCGACAAUCGCAUCGACGGAAGGGAACCCCGUACCGCGCCUACCUACCCAGGAUUGCUGGCUUCGUCGUGCUUACCUAAGUCCGGCUGCCGUCCCCUGCUACACACUACGUACGCUGAGCCAUCCCGGGCAUCCCUCUCGUCCUACAACAUCUACGCAUACAAUCUCCUGCCUGAUAGAUAGACGUGAGAAACGCCCGGACAGGCUCGUUUCUUGAGGACAGACGGUGAGCCUGACACUACCGAUGCAGCAUUUUCGCGUGGCUACUGUUACCUAGCUUGCUACGAGCUCGCCUGCCUAGCCUGCUUCCCUCUCCUCGCAUGGGCCCUCCAACCUAUCUGCGCUUCGUCUGCGUCGAGUUAUCGUAGCAGCAAGAUACCUACCUAUUCCAACGCGCCCGCUGCGAGCAACCGCCAGUAUUCGCUAUUCCCUUCAUCGCAACGUGGCAAAUUCCUCUCCAAUCGGCUCUGAAACAUGCUGUAUUCCUGUUUCUAGCCUAGCAGACGCGUGUCUGUCCUUUUCUCCUCCUUCUCGUAGUCCGUCAGUACUGUACCUAUCCUCCAUCAUAUCAUGGCUGGGUCGCUAGCAGCACUUAAGAAUCUGCCGUGCCCGGCUGGGAAGAAAUGUACCGCUUUCCAAUGCCUCUUCAAGCACGACAGCGACGCGGACGCGACGGCCGCUGCUAGCCAGAGCACCGCACAGGGGCGGACACACAAAUCUCCCACGUCGUCUCCCGACAAGCUGCCUUCGGAUCAGGAUCAGGAUCAGCCUAGGAAACGGAUCAAGUUCAACUCGCCACAGGAGCCCCCGCCGUCUCAUCCACCGCCUAUCACAGCAGCGAGAUCCAGGCCCGUCUCGCGGCAACAGAAAGCACAAAGCGAGAUGUCCCUAAAUGCUACGCAUGCCUCUGAGAUGAGGCCAGGUGCCGACAAGAAAUCGACCCUCCCGGCUACUGUCGAUAAGCAGCCUCGACCCUCAGUUAGGCAGGCUGGCAGAGGAAUUGCGUUGUCAUCUUCUGCGAAGCAGAAGCCUGGAGGCUCUCCGGCCUCGGCCUCGGCGAGCAAUACUGCUGCCAAACCGACCGUAAAACCAGUCCCCAAGCAGCCAGAGUCGCUCAAUCCUCGGCUCUUGAAGUCCGCGCCCGCACAACAUGAGACACGCCUGAGGCUUGUCAAGGCUCUUCAUGAGCAAUAUGUCCGCCUAAACACCGAGCUAGCGAAAGAAGCCCGCGACAAAGAAACCAAGAAACUCGUGCUCUCAGCCCAGGAGCUUGUAGUAAAGGCUCUCGACGACGAGGAAGACGCCGCCAUUAAGCGGUACACGAUCUAUGCUAAUGCAAUCAGAAACAAGAUUUCUUUAUACAAGCGCAUGACUGUUGCGCAAUGGAAGGAGGAGAGGAAAAAGUCUGUAGAAGAUAACCAGGUGGAGGGCGCGGAUAAGCCCGCUGCCCCCGAACCUAUCGUCACCGGCCUCACCGUUCCUCAGGAGGUGGAGUUCUUGCAGAGAUUGGUCUGGCCGCUGGAUGGGCUAGAACGAUACGGCUAUGUGACCUCCGUGCCAUCUGAUGACGAUAUUCAGAAAGCCCGCGAAGGCGUAGAAACCUCGGGAAAUAUCGAGGUGUGCGACAGAUGCACGAGACGGUUCCAAGUCUUCCCGGGUCGGAGAGAGGAGGACGGCGCACUGGCCUCCAACGGGACAUGCACCUACCACCCGGGCAAGACCUACGCGAUGGAGAGAAAUCCAGGCACAUUUUCGAAGCCGACACGCAAAUACCGCUGCUGCCACAAGAACAUUGACGACGAAUCAGGCGGUUGCACUACAGCACCCACCCACGUCUUUAAGACCACUGAUCCGAGCCGGCUCGCCGUCACGCUGAACUUUGCCGAGACGCCACCUAACCCGGACGUGCCCGCUGACAGGGCCGUGGCCUUCGACUGCGAGAUGGGGUACACCGUCUACGGGCUCGAGCUUAUUCGCUUGACUGCCGUUUCGUGGCCGAAUGGCGAGGAGCUCCUCGACGUCCUCGUCCAGCCCUAUGGGGAGUGUAUGGACCUCAACACGCGGUACUCGGGGGUGCGACCCGAGGACAUGGCGACAGCCGAGCGCUUGAAGCCGGGGGACGAUCACCGCCCAACCGUCGUCCCUCUCUCUCCCUCUUCUUCCUCCGCCCCGGGCCCCACGACCCCGCCGAAGCGCAAGCUCAAGCUCGCGCCGUCGCCCAAGGCGGCGCGCGACCUGCUGUUCUCGCUCAUCGGGCCGAAGACGCCGCUGCUCGGCCACGGGCUCGAGAACGACCUGAACGCGGUCCGCGUCGUGCACCCGACGUGCGUCGACACGGCGCUACUAUACCCGCACAAGCGCGGCCUGCCGAUCCGCAACGGGCUCCGCAUGCUGAUGGAGACGCUGCUCGGCCGCAAGAUACAGGUCGAGGAGGAGGCAGAGGACGGCGGCGGAAACGGAAACGGAAACGAGGCGGGGAAAGGCGGCGGCGGCGGAGGAGGAGGGGGGGGGGAGAAGGGUCACGAUAGCGCGGAGGACGCACGAGCCGCCGGAGAGCUCGUCCGCCUCAUGGUCAGGGAUCGCUGGAAGCAGAUGCAGAUGCAGGGCUGGUCCAUCAAGGACGGCGACAUCGUGGCCCCCGACGAGGCCUGGACCGUCGUUGGCGGCGCGAAGGCUAAGAAGCUCGGCGUCUAGACUGGGUCGCGCGCGGGCCCGGCGAGCACUACGAGGAGAGACGGGGGCUGUGGGUGGGCAUAUCAAGCGAGGUGAGGUGUACGAUUAUUCCCUCCGACGACGACUAUUCGUCGAAGCAGUGGCAGAUUUACCUGAGCGUUAAUAAGAUCGAUCGUUUACACGCAG